UUCCCCCCUAAUGGACGUCAAAGACUUGAGAACUAUCAGCCUCCAGGCCUCACCAUCACCUUCCACCUUAUCCCAAAUUUUCACAAGAGAAAAAAAAGAAAUUAAAUAAAAGAGAUUCCCUCACUAAGGAACAAACCCAGAAAUCCAACAGGUAUCAGUGUCUCGGACCUCAAAAGCUAGUCAACAAGCGCGUAAUUCAAUUAUCAGUGUUGGAUUUUUUUUUUCCUUUCAAGAAAAAAUCGUAUAAAAAUGGUAGCCCUUCUGUGUUGUGUAUACUUAGAUUAUAGAGUCUAUAAUUCCUUUUCUAACCAGCAAUCUUCAUCUUCUCCUUGGCCUUACCAAUCUUCUACCAUGUUCGUUUCUGGUAUUCAAGGCCACCUUGAAGUUACCGUUAUUGGGUGUAGUAAAUUGAAAAAUACAGAAUGGAUUUCUUGGCAAGAUCCUUUUGUUAUUGUUGAAUAUGGUAGCAGUAAGUCCCGCACUAGAACCUGCACAGAUGGUGGCAAAAAUCCAACAUUCCAACAGAAGUUUGUAUUUACUCUAAUUGAAGGGCUAAGUGAGCUAAGCCUUAGGGUUUGGAACAGACAUACCUUAACAUGUUAUUAUUUCAUUGGCAGUGGAAAAUUCUGUUUGCAAAAGGUUCUAUCAGAGGGCUAUGAUGAUAGCACAUGGCCACUUGAGGCUAAAACUGGCACAUGUGCUGGAGAAGUAAGGCUCAUAUUGCAUCAUACAAAUGCUAAGAAACCAGAAACAUGCUUUACUCCUGCUCCACAAUAUGCAGCACCUGUUCCCUAUGCCUCACUGUACUCAGCACCACCUCCAGCAUCCGUGGCUGCUUACGCGGCACCAGCUGCAACUAACACAACUCCAUCUCCUUAUCUCUCAUACCCAUCUAAUUCAGCUUAUCCACCAUCUGCAUACCCUUCUCCACCAACUGCCUAUCCCCCUUCACAAUACAGAUCACCUUCACCUUAUCCUCCACCAUAUCCACCACCUCCACAUGCUUCACCCUAUUAUCCUCCAGUUGCUUCAUACUACAGUGCGUACAUUUUUUUAUUUUGUUUUGUUUUAUUUUUUAAAAAUGUUGAUGCUAAGAGUCAGCUUAGCAUUAAUCUUAAAAAUGAUCUCUAUUUAGGUGCUUUUCCUGGGCUCCAUUCUCCACCACAAUACUAAGAAGCAGCCCCAACAGGUCCAAAUCCCCAACAGAUCCAAAUGAGGAAGCAACGUUUGGAAUCUACUGCCUUUUAUAAAGCAUUAGAAUUGGGUGUGCAACAGUGAGGAUGCUCUACUGCGAUUUGGAGGUCAUGGAUUCAAGCCAUGAAAACAGCUUCUUUGCAAUGCAAAGGAAAGGCUUAUGCAUUUGAACAUUUAUGCAACCUGCAAUGUGGUAGACUUCUUUAUUGGGAUGCCCUUUAUGUUAUACCUUCCAAACUCUGAGUUUUUUUUUUUUUUUUUUUUUUUUUGUGACAAUUGUCACAAAAUGAUAAUGUAAGUUCAUGCAUUCUUUCAAGGUUACUAGGAUUUUUUUUUGUUUUUUGCAUGCUUUUUGUAUUUACUAGUGAAUAUGAUCUUUUAUUUUUGUUGAUUGAUUGAAAGUAGACAUGGUUAUGUUUAAAGCUAAUAUUACCGUUUGAUUUGUCCGGAAAGAGAAUUGUAAAGGUAAUGAAUAUUGUUUAACUAACCACAUUUGGGAAUCAGAUGAUAAUUGAAUCA